AGACGUUGAAGAAUAUACAUUUUAAUUUAAAUACACAUAUAAACACACACAUUCACGAUCAAUAGACCGUGGAAGAGAUAGCCGUUCAUUUCCGAAUGCAAUCGCAAUAGCUUCCAGCUUCGUGUCCUUUCUCAUAUGCUAACUCUCCGAUUCCGAAGAUGGAAGCUGGCCAACAUCAUGAUACUUCCCGUAAUGCUGAGCCCAUCACAAAUGCAAAUGAACGUAGCAAUUUGAUACAAGGUGAAUCUUUAGCAAAUGUGGCAAGUUCUGAUACAGAAGUUAGAUCCGAAUGCAGGCCAGAAGAGAUACUCCGGAACUUACAGAAUGUCUCCUAUAUAUACAGACAAGAUGUUGUGAAAAGCAAAACUGAUGGUAAGAUUGGGAUUGUGACCGAAGUUGCUGGUGACUCAGAUUCAGAUAGCAGCUUAACUGAUGAUGACGACGAGGAUGAGGAUGAGGAUGAGGAUGAGGAUGAGGAUGAUGGAGACGAAGAAGAAGAAGAAAAUGAUGGUGGUGGUGGUGACAAUGGUGAUUCCAACUCGGAAGGCGAUAGGGAUAACAAUGAAAAUGCUGAGGAAACUGCUGAUGGGAACAAAGACUGUAGUAACAAUAAGAGUGGUCCUCUUACUGCAGACCAUGUUCGAGUCCUGUGGAUGGAUGAGUCUGAGUCAACAGAGAGUAUUGAUAAUGUCGUUGUUAUUGACAGAGGAUUUCUGCAUGGUGAUUAUGUCGCUGCAGCUUCUGAUCCAACAGGUCAAGUAGGACUGGUGGUUGAUAUCGAUAUAUCUGUUGAUUUGUUAUCGCAUGAUGGAUCUAUUUUUAAAAAUGUCUCAUCUAAGGAGUUGAAACGGGUUAGAGAUUUUACAGUUGGCGAUUAUGUUGUCCUUGGCCCUUGGUUGGGUAGGAUUGAUGAUGUUUUUGAUAAUGUCACUGUGAUGUUUGAUGAUGGUUCUGUUUGUAAAGUUAUGAAGGCUGACCCCUUACGCCUUAAACCAGUUGGUAGGAGUGGCCUUGAAGAUGGACAUUUUCCUUAUUAUCCUGGUCAGCGUGUAAAAGCAAGCUCAUCAUCAGUUUUCAAGAACUCCAGGUGGUUAUCGGGCUCGUGGAAAGCAAAUAGGGUAGAAGGUACAGUAACUAAAGUUACUGUUGGUUCUGUUUUCAUCUAUUGGAUUGCAUCAGCUGGACAUGGGCCCGAUUCCUCCACUGCUCCAGCUGAAGAACAAAACCCAAAAAACUUGAAACUGUUGUCUUGCUUUUCUCAUGCAAUCUGGCAACUAGGAGACUGGUGUCUUCUUCCUUCACUUCCAAUAUCAUCAUCUCUUGCCUUGGACAAGCAAUUGUCGAAAUUACAACUUUGUGACUCCACCAAAACUGUUUCAGAAUCUUCUCAAUCUCUAACAGAUUGUGAUUCCAAAGUUGUCAAUUUGGAGGAGUCAACCGGGAAUAGUGAAUCUUUGGAUAUUCAUCUGGAAUCUUCCGAGAAUGAGAAUGUCACUUCUGAAACUUUAGAGCAUGAUUCCCUUGCAGAGUCAAGUACAUGUGCUAAUUCAUCGUCAGUUUCCAAGGAAUCAGGCACAGAGUCAUGGCCACUUCAUCGUAAAAAGAUCCGCAAAGUUGUGAUUAGGAGGGAUAAAAAGGCUCGUAAGAAAGAGGAAAAUUUUGAAAGAGCUCUUCUAAUUGUGAAUGCUAGAACUUCUGUUGACGUUGCAUGGCAGGAUGGAAUAAUAGAAAAAGGUUUGGAAUCUACAUCCUUGAUCCCUAUUGAAAGCCCAGGAGAUCAUGAAUUUGUUGCUGAACAGUAUGUGGUAGAGAAAGCUGCUGAUGAUGCUGAUGAUCCUAAUGAUGUUAGACGUGUUGGGGUUGUGAAAAGUGUUAAUGCAAAGGAACGGACAGCUUAUGUGAGGUGGUUAAAGCUAGUUACAAGGGCAGAGGACCCCAAGGAGUUUGACAAAGAGGAGGUAGUCAGUGUAUAUGAACUGGAGGGGCAUCCUGACUAUGACUAUUGUUACGGUGACGUUGUUAUUCGCUUGUUACCUGUUUCUCUACCAGCAAAAGUAGGUUCUGUGGUGAAAUCUGCAGAAGAAUCAGAACAUUUGUUGGUUCCAACUGAAGCCAAAGAAGACAAGCAACAACAUUCAAGAUGCAAUGAAGCAGAAGCCGCUCCAAGUGAUGAUCCUUGUUCCGAAUUUUCGGAUCUCUCUUGGGUUGGGAAUAUCACUGGCCUCAGAAAUGGGGACAUCGAAGUCACGUGGGCUGAUGGGAUGAUAUCCAUGGUUGGGCCACAAGCAAUUUAUGUUGUUGAUCGUGAUGAUGAUGAGUCUAUCGCAGGCGGAAGUGAAGUUGGUGAUGAUGCAGCUAGCUGGGAAACAAUUGAAGAUAAUGAAAGGGAGACCCUUGAGACUGCAGAAGAGGAACUUGGAACAACAAAUACUACGGACAUCAGUAUUGAAGAUGAAGACAGUGCCAUGGCCACUGAAACUUCAGGAAGGAAUGGGGCUCUGGCUAUUCCCCUGGCUGCACUAGGAUUUGUGACCAGGCUGGCCUCUGGAAUAUUUUCUAGGAGCCGCAAACAGACUGAUUCUUCAAGCUUAGAUUCCAGAAGUGAAGAUGAAGAAAGGGAGGGAGCAUUGGCAAGAAUAUAUACCGGUGAUGAAUCAUGGUCUGGAGACCUUGAUAAUUCUCCAAGGCUACCUGCUGCAGGAAAUGGAGAAGAACAUGACACUAUGGAAGUCACCGAGUUGGACAUCGUUGAAGCUAACUUGAAGCCAGGAAUAGGAAAUUCCUCAGAUCAACAUGAUAACCAAAUGUAUAGUUUUAAACGCUUUGAUAUCACCACAGAUCCUUAUGAUCAUCAUUUUCUUGGUGCAAGUGGCCAGAAUAAUGCUGGGAGGAAGUGGCUUAAGAAAGUUCAACAAGAUUGGAACAUACUUCAAAAUAACCUGCCAGAUGGAAUAUAUGUACGUGUUUAUGAAGAUCACAUGGAUCUUCUAAGGGCAGUGAUUGUUGGAGCAUAUGGGACCCCUUACCAAGAUGGUUUAUUCUUCUUUGAUUUCCACCUUCCACCCGAGUACCCUGAUGUUCCACCAUCAGCAUAUUAUCAUUCUGGUGGCUGGCGGAUAAAUCCAAACUUGUACGAGGAAGGGAAAGUUUGUCUCAGCCUUUUAAAUACUUGGACAGGCAGAGGGAAUGAGGUCUGGGAUCCUUCAUCGUCGAGUAUACUUCAAGUCCUAGUUUCACUUCAAGGGCUAGUUUUGAAUUCCAGGCCAUAUUUCAAUGAAGCUGGUUAUGACAAGCAGAUUGGGACAGCUGAAGGAGAAAAGAAUUCGCUAUCCUACAACGAAAAUACCUUCUUAUUAAACUGUAAGACAAUGAUGUAUCUGAUGAGGAGGCCCCCUAAGGAUUUUGAAGAGCUUAUCAGAGAGCACUUUAGGAUGCGUGGUUAUUACAUCCUCAAGGCAUGUGACACGUACAUGAAAGGAUUCCUUAUUGGCUCUCUUAGAAAGGAUGCGUCCAAUAGCAGUAACAGUGCUAAUUCAAAUUCAGUUGGUUUCAAGCUAAUGAUGGCUAAGAUUGUACCAAAACUUUUCUUGGCUCUGAAUGAAAUUGGAGUGGAGUGCGAGGAGUUCAAGCAUCUCCAGCAAUUGUAGCAGAGAUCUUGAAGCAUUAGGUGUAUAUCAUUGUUCAAUCCAGCAAGUUAAUCCAUUCAUCUUAGAAGAAUAUAGUACCAGCCCCUGAACAAUUGACAGGGAGAUAAGAACAGUGAAUUUUUGUACAUCAGAUUCAAGCUUAUGGCGAUUUAUUGUGGUUCUAGUGCAGAGAGAUGAUUGCUUAAGGUUAGGAAUGGAAAUAAAACGAGUCUGUUCGUGGUUUGUGUUAUUCUUUGCUUGUUACGAGAGGCAUUUGUAUCUCACUUGAACGAGCUCAGGUUUGUGUUAUUCUUUGCGUGUUACUAGAGGCAUUUGUAUCUUGUUUAUUCUAGCAAUCACUUGAACGAGCUCAGUUUGGGAUGUCGUAAGUUCCCUUGUAACACUUGAAACUAUUAUUUUACGUGAUAACUGAUAAUGAAAUAGAAUCAGUCCAGAGAA